AUGCCAAAUUAUCAAUGUGCAGCAUGGAAAGUAUUUGUAGUGGGUUUGACGUGUUCAAGAUAUAGAGUGAUGCGGCUUAGUGGCUCGAGAAAUCCCGCUGGCAUCGUCGUUACCGAUCCGACAAUUGUUGACUCCAUCGCUGUAGCAUUAAGUAAGCCGACAAACUAUGCAGUUAAUUCAAAUGGUUUUGCAUGGGCUGUCGGUACUUGUGGUACAGGCAUGGAAUUGAGUGCAGCUGGCACCAUGUGUACCUGUACCAAUGGCUACAUUUUAAGAUAUUAUGAUAUUUACGUGAACUGGGGUGGUAUUGAUGGGAUAACAUGCUCGGCACCUUCGCAAUCGAUAACUGUUUCAUUCGAAUGA